CCCCAGAAAGCCCAAGGGGGGAGUUGUGCAUGCUUUCUUCCUGACAAAUGACAUUUGAUGACUGGUCAACCUUAGCACCCAGGCACCUGUGCUACCUGAUGAGCGUGCAUGUGCGUGUGUGUUUGAGGGAUGGGUUGUGUGCUUGCAUGAAUGGGUCAGGUCACUUGGGGUGAACACCCUCCACAGCCCCUUCCCCCACAUUCUUGGCGGGAGUGGGAGAUAAGGCUCAGGGCCACAGACAUCUGCGUCAGAGAUAGGAGGUCUCAAUGCCAUGGGCAGGGGCAACUGGGACUGUAGGGCGUGGGAAGGACUGGGGGAGACUGGGGUGAGGAGGGUAGAAGAAGGCAGGCAGUGGGGUGGGGAGGGGACGGUGCGGAGGUCCUGGACAGACCUGAACAGAAGGGGCGAAGGGCACGGUGUGGGCUCCCUUUUGUCAGGGCGAAGUGAACUAUGGUGAUCCAGUGUUCUCUGCUGCUUCUUUUGCUGUUGACCCUUCAGGAUGCGGACAGCUGCCAGGGGCCAGAACUGGUCCGGGAGCUUGUCCUGGCCAAGGUGAAGGCUCUAUUCCUAGAUGCUUUAGGACCCCCAGCAAUGGAUGGGGAAGGUGGGAGUUCUGGAAUAAGGCGACUGCCUCGAAGACACGCUCUUGGGGGCUUCAUGCACAGGACCUCUGAAGCAGAGAAGGAGGGUGUCUCUCAAGUCAUCCUUUUCCCAGCCACAGGUGCCACCUGUGAGGACCAGCCAGCCGCUGGAGGGCUUGCCCAGGAGGCUGAGGAGAGUCUCUUCACUUACGUGUUCCGGCCAUCCCAACACAUACGCAGCCAGCAGGUGGCUUCCGCCCAGCUGUGGUUCCACACGGGGCUAGACAGGAAGAGCACAGUAGCCUCCAAUAGCUCUGGGCCCUUGCUAGACCUGCUGGUGCUGUCGUCCGGUGGGCCCAUGGCUGUGCCUGUGUCGUUGGGACAGGGCCCCCCACGCUGGGCUGUACUGCACCUGGAGUCGUCUGCUUUCCCUCUGCUGACGCACCCCAUCCUAGCGUUGAUGCUGCGAUGCCCUCUGUGUUCCUGCUCAGGCAGGCCCGAGACCAUGCCGUUUCUGGUGGCCCACACUCGGUCUAGACCACCUAGCUCGGGGGAGAGGGCCCGUCGUUCAACUCCCCCCAGGCCUUGGCCUUGGUCUCCUGCAGCUUUGCGUCUGCUGCAGAGGCCUCCAGAGGAACCGGCUGCCCACGCCUACUGCCAUCGAGCUGCCCUCAACAUCUCCUUCCAGGAGCUGGGCUGGGACCGCUGGAUUGUACACCCUCCCAGUUUCAUCUUCCACUACUGCCACGGCAGCUGUGGGGUGCCCACAUCCGAUCUGCCCCUGCCAGUCCCUGGGGUUCCCCCGACCCCUGCUCAACCCCUGUUUUUGGUGCCAGGGGCCAAGCCCUGCUGUGCUGCUCUACCAGGGAGUAAGCGGUCCCUGCGUGUCCGAACCACCUCAGACGGAGGUUACUCUUUCAAGUACGAGAUGGUGCCCAACCUUAUCACGCAGCACUGUGCUUGUAUCUAAAAGCAUCUUGUCACAUUAUCCGACCAUCAUGAGCUAGGAGGAAGGCAGGUUGGAAAGUAGACAGCUCCCACUUCCUCUUUCCUACCCAUUUCUGUCUGAGGGCUCCGUACCCUAUUCCACUCGGGUUCCAUGGAUAACAAUAAAGAAGGAAGUGUGUGUGUGA